UGUGACUAGCGCACUGAUUCACUUCUCUUAAUAGUGAAGAAUGCAGAAGAUGACAAUCAGUCAACUUCUGCUAACAUUAGAUUUAGGAUUCUUUAUUUUCACCAGGUCCCAAACCAGUGAAAACACCCACACAGAUUAUCAAGCUACUUUUGAACAUUGGAUCCAACAUCGCAGAAGAUUUAGCAUGUUUUACCAGAACCACAGUCCUGAUGUUGUAAGAAGAGGGAAUGGGAUGGAGUAUUACAGCCAUGGAUUUUGUAGCCGGAGCAAUGAAGAGAAGACAAUCAAGGUCACCCUGCUUGGCUAUAAGGUUAUGGAGGAAAAGACAAAGUUCACAGUCUACAAGAUCUUAGUGAGGCGAGCACCUGACGAGAGCUGGCACAUUUUUAGAAGAUACACAGACUUCUCUCGACUACAUGACAAGCUGAGAGAGAUAUUUCCUGUGUUUAAAUUCGUCCUACCACCCAAACGUUGGUUCAAGAACUUCAAUUCUGAAUUUCUAGAAGAGAGGCAGCUGGGCCUACAAGACUUUCUACAGCACUUAGUUGCACAAAAAGACAUGAGAAAUAGUGAGGCUGUCAGAGAAUUCUUAUGUCUGGAUGACCCACCUACUGCUUUUGGUGAUAUUAGAGAGAGAUGGGCCUUCUGUGAGUCACUGGAAGGGACCAACUGUUGUCUUCAGAGAGAUUUAAUGGAUGACAGGAGAGAGACUGAGUCCCUGAGAAAUGUUCUGCUGCACAAAGAGCUCCAAAUUAGCCGGCCUGAGAGAACAAAAAAAAUCCAAGAGGAGCUUAAAAAAGAGACAGGGGACUUUUUAACAGAGCAGGAAUAUAAAGAAGUGGAGAAAGACAAACUCAGGAGACCAAAUAAAAGUUCUGAACUGCAGUUCAUAAGGAGUCAUGGAGCGUGUUGGUGUGGAUCAGCAACUGACAUCCCUGAAAAGCACAGUUCCGGAGGCCCAUUCCAAGAACUCCAUUAAAUAAAUGAACAGAAUGGAAAACAAUAGUAAAUACAGGGCACUUUCUUCAAAAUGUCUCUGUUUGUUCUUAUUCCAUAAUAAAAACAUACCUGUUGUGUUUA